ACGCGAACUGGCAAACCAGAUGCAGCCUCCAAGCUGGAGGAAACAGGAGGGUCCCGGCGGCUGGAGGUAAAAUCCCAAGAUUCCGGUGGUGGCAUUGUGCCCGCUACAGCUGGGCAGCCCAGGAAGAGGAGACCAGCCAAGUCCCAAAGAUCGAUGCUGCCUCCUUGAUUGCGGCCUCCGUGAUGGCUGCUCCUUGCGCUUUAGCCCUCUCCAAGCUGGUCUACCCAGAGGUAGAGGAGUCCAAGUUCAGAAGUAAGGAAGGCGUGAAACUGACCUACGGAGAUGCUCAAAACCUCUUAGAAGCAGCUAGCAGUGGCGCUGCCUUGUCCGUGAAGGUCGUGACUAACAUCGCAGCCAACCUGAUUGCCUUUCUGGCUGUGCUGGACUUCAUCAACGCUGCCCUUUCCUGGCUGGGAAACAUGGUGGACAUCCAGGGGCUCAGCUUCCAGCUCAUCUGCUCCUACAUCCUGCGGCCAGUGGCCUUCCUGAUGGGCGUGGCCUGGGAGGAUUGCUCGGUGGUGGCGGAGCUGCUGGGGAUGAAGCUCUUUCUGAACGAGUUCGUGGCCUAUCAGGGGCUCUCCGAGUACAAGCAGCGCCGCCUGGCGGGCACUGAGGAGUGGGUCGGCUCUAAAAAGCAGUGGAUCUCCGUCAGAGCAGAAAUCCUCACAACGUAUGCUCUCUGUGGAUUCGCCAACUUCAGCUCCAUUGGGAUCAUGCUGGGAGGCCUGACCUCCAUGGCUCCCCAGCGGAAGAGCGACUUCUCCCAGAUCGUGCUCCGCGCGCUCUGCACGGGGGCCUGUGUGUCUCUGGUGAAUGCCUGUGUGGCCGGGAUCCUCUACAUGCCCAGGGGCCCUGCGGUGGACUGUGUGUCCCUCCUGAACACGACCCUCAACAGCAGCAGCUUUGAGGUGUACCAGUGCUGCCACCAGGCCUUCCAGAGCACCAGCCCGGAGUUCAGCCUAGAGGCCCUGGACAACUGCUGUCGGUUCUAUAAUCACACGAUCUGUGCGUAGCGGGGACAGCACAUCUCUGUCUUCUGGGUGUUAUUCUCUCCCAGGAAGCAGCUGCCGCCACCCUUCUCUCUCCAGGCCCCCCUCUCCUGGGGGAAGCCACAGGGCUUAGACCACCUCAGGCACAAAUCGGGAAGGGUGACCAGGGACUGGGUGGAAUGAUGGGUGCCCCCCCACCCUUCACCCCCUUUCUGCUCUCGUGUUUCCUCCCUCCUCAAAUGUGAAUGCUCAGAGUCGCCUCUGCCUCCUCUGUCUUCUCUGUCCCCCGUGCCCUGGGUCUCCCCUGUUUGCGCUCCCCUUCUGCUCUGGGGCCCUCAGCCCUGGCAUUUCAGCCGCCUCCUUCCCUUCUCCUCUCUGGGCACGCAAAUCUCGCUCUGGCUUAACCCCUGCCACAUGGCUUCUCCUGGAGAUGCUUUCCUCCACUUUCAUAGACUCCCCUACUGCCCUCCCACACAGCACUUUCCAGAUUGGUGGGCUGUGUAGCACUGUCCUCCAAGGUAUGCAGAGGUUUCCAUGAUCCACUCGGUUUGGGAAACACUGGGCUAAAUAAAGUUAGGGUUUUUUUUUUU